UGACCUUGUCAAAUCAAGUGGUUAAAUCAUAAAGAAAGAAAAAAAAUCGAAAUAAAUAAAUAAAUAAUCACCCUAAUUGUAAAAAAUAAUCAAUUUUCUGCCGGAGGAGGAGGAGGAGGAGGAGGAGGAAGAGGAGGUGGUGUCUCCAUCUCUCCAUCCAAGGCGGAUGGUGUGUGUGCUUUGUAAGAAGAGCAGCAGCAGCAGCAGCAGCAGCUCCUCUGCUACGUCAGUGAACGUCACACAGCACAGGACCUUCUCUCUGUCUUCAGUCUCUUCAGUGAGGAAAAGAGAAGAAAACCUUCGCGGACCUAAAGGAUCCUGUGUCGCAGAGCAGUGGAGCUGAGCUCUGUCCUUGGUGCUGAACUGAUCAGCUGACACUCAUCCCCACUGCACACUCAUGUGCUUGGGCCACUCCUGAUAGCUCCCAUUUCUAACAGCAACUGACCACCACCUCAACACACCCACGAUGGACGACGACGGACGCUACAGAGACAGCCGCUCGGACUUCGUCCGCGGCGCCAAGGACAUUGCCAAAGUGGCCAAGAAGCAAGUGGGGAAGAAGAUCGGGCGUGGCGCGGACAAAAUGGCGGAUGAGUACACCAAACGCUCAUAUAAGCGCUUUGAGGAGGAAGACGAUGACGACGACUACGCCGCCGCGCCAAGCAACGACGGUGGAUAUUACCGCAACGACAGCAGGGCCAACGACGACGAAGGCCACAGUGACUCCACCGAAGGACACGAUGAAGACGAUGAGAUAUAUGAAGGCGAGUACCAGGGCAUCCCGAGGGCCGAAUCAGGAAAGGCUGGCACCGUGGACGGGGGGACAGCGGCACAGGCGCAGCAGUUCAGGGAUCUGUCAGCCUACGAGAGCGAGAGGAGGAAAGACCAGGAGGAGCUGGCUCAGCAGUACGAGACCAUCCUGCAGGAGUGCGGUCACGGGAGGUUCCAGUGGACGCUAUACUUUGUCCUGGGGCUGGCUCUGAUGGCGGACGGCGUGGAAAUCUUUGUGGUCGGCUUUGUGCUGCCCAGUGCUGAGAAAGACAUGUGUCUAUCAGAGCCCAACAAGGGCAUGCUGGGUCUGAUUGUUUACCUGGGGAUGAUGGUUGGAGCGUUCGUGUGGGGCGGCCUGGCUGACAGGAUUGGUCGACGGCAGACCCUCCUCAUCUCCCUCUCCAUCAACAGCGUGUUUGCCUUCUUCUCGUCCUUCGUCCAGGGCUACAUCUCUUUCCUCUUCUGCCGCCUGGCUUCGGGUGUGGGUAUUGGCGGCUCUAUCCCCAUCGUGUUUUCCUAUUAUUCGGAGUUCCUGGCCCAGGAGAAGCGAGGAGAGCACCUGAGCUGGCUCUGCAUGUUCUGGAUGAUUGGCGGUAUCUACGCCUCCGCCAUGGCCUGGGCCAUCAUCCCACACUACGGCUGGAGCUUCCAGAUGGGCUCGGCCUACCAGUUCCACAGCUGGCGUGUCUUUGUGUUGGUGUGUGCCUUCCCCGCUGUGGCAGCCAUCUGUGCCCUCACCACCAUGCCUGAGAGCCCACGCUUCUACCUGGAGAAUGGGAAACACGACGAGGCGUGGAUGAUCCUGAAGCAGGUCCAUGACACCAACAUGAGAGCCAAGGGUUACCCAGAGAGAGUCUUCUCUGUGACCACCAUCAAAACCGUCAAGCAGAUGGAUGAACUGGUGGAUUUGGGUGAUGGUGCAUCCUGGCACCUGAAAUGGAGGACAAAGCUCACAACGCUUUUCCAUCAGGUGUGGAGUAAUUUCCAGGCUGUUUUCUCACCUGAAUACCGCCGCACCACGUACAUGAUGAUGGCUGUGUGGUUCUCCAUGUCCUUCAGCUACUACGGUCUGACUGUGUGGUUCCCCGACAUGAUCAAGUACCUGCAGAAGCAGGAGUAUUCGUCCCGCACCAAGGUUUUUGUCAAGGAGAGAGUUGAACACGUCACCUUUAACUUCACGCUGGAAAACCAGGUCCACCGUCAGGGACAGUACUUCAAUGACAAGUUUAUGAACCUGAGAAUGAAGUCUAUGGUGUUUGAGGACUCGCUGUUUGAGGAGUGUUUCUUUGAGGAUAUCACCUCCAGCAACACCUUCUUCAAGAACUGCACCUUCAUUGCCACCCUCUUCUACAACACAGAUCUCUUCAAGUACAGGUUGAUCAACAGCAAGCUCAUCAACAGCACUUUCCUGCACAACAAAGAAGGCUGUCUGCUCAGUGACAUCAGUGAUGACAAUAAUGCCUACAUGGUCUACUUUGUCAGUUUCCUGGGCACCUUGGCCGUGUUGCCAGGCAACAUUGUCUCUGCGCUGCUAAUGGACAAGAUUGGACGCUUGAGGAUGCUAGCGGGCUCCAGUGUCAUCUCUUGCAUCAGCUGUUUCUUCCUGUCGUUCGGCAACAGUGAGUCAGCCAUGAUUGCUCUGCUCUGCCUGUUCGGGGGAAUCAGCAUCGCCUCCUGGAAUGCUCUGGACGUGCUGACUGUCGAGCUCUACCCCUCUGACAAGAGAACCACAGCGUUUGGCUUCCUCAACGCCCUCUGCAAACUAGCAGCCGUGCUGGGCAUAAGCAUCUUCACCUCGUUCGUCGGUAUAACCAAGGCUGUGCCCAUCCUCUUUGCCUCCGGGGCGCUGGCAGUGGGCAGUUUUCUGGCCCUCAAACUACCAGAGACGCGAGGUCAGGUGCUGCAGUAGUGUGGACGAGCCGACAGCCUUCGCUCAAGAGUCCUCCAGGUCACACCUUCUAACCCCGCUCGACUUUACUGAUAUCAAGUAACAACACACAUGUGCUUGGCUGUAAAUAUUUAGGAUUGGUGAUUAUUGGAUAUGUAUCCAUCCAUGCUAUAAUUUUAACGCCUGACUAAUUAUCCAUGAAUACAGGUUAUUAGAUAAGGGCAGAUCAGUCAGAUCUGCUCUCACCUGGGGUUAGAGGUCAGAUCACGGGGGCUCUUGAUAAUGAGCCAUGCAAAUAGACUUAUAAAAAAUGAGUUCUCCUCUCACCUCCAUAUUUGAGAGCAAAUGACUUUUUAAGUUUUGACAACUUUGCCAUUGACAUCUCUUUUUUUUUUACCUUGAUUUUAAAGCAUUAGAAACAUGAUGGGGGGUAAAAAAGCAAGACACGCCUCUCUUGUUUUUCCUCUUGCCCAAGGUCUUGUGUUGAUGAUCAAACUGCCAUUUGAUAUAUACACACAUAUAUAUACAUCAUAGAACAUUCCAGGGUGGUUUGAGUGCCACAGUCUGUUGUCCCUUCACAACAUUUCCCAGAAUUGUGUGGAAAAAAGGAAGCUGUGAGUUGUAAUCCACACGUAAAGCACAACCAGUCGUCAACAAUGUUUUAGAGACUUGGAAGAAAAUGUUCACAAUCUCACUCACGUGGUUUUUCAUCCCCCUUUGUAAACACUGCCGUUUAUUUCUUCAGGACGUUUGUCUCUUAUAACGUGUUUAUUUAACUGUGACUGUAUGAAAACAGGUGGUGAAUCUUUCACCCCUCCCCCUUCCUUUGAGCAUACGGCACAAGAUAUUUCCACUUAAAUCAUCGCAUUGCACUUGGACGUAAUCAAAACUUUAAAAAAUGAAAUCAAAUAUUCAAAAUAGAAAGGCUUCAUUUAUAGUUUGGAUGGUUUUAAGUGUAGACACAAAGUGUGGAAAGUGCAUAAAAGAUGGCAGAUCAAUUCUAAUUGUUUGUGUGACCUGAACGUUUAUAUUGACAUGAGUGUGAUAUUUAAAUCUGAUUCAUGUAUUUGAUAUUUUUUUCUUCCACCAUUUCCCAUUUGGCAAACUAUCGUACUCAUGGAGCGGCAGUUGUUUACUGUUAGCUGUAAGUGAGAGAAUCCUCAUUUGCAUUUGAUCGUGGAACACGUCACAAAAGAAAAGUCAGAGUUGUUGUAUUUUAACUUGUGUCCACGGGACACAGAACAUGCUGGAACAUUUCCACCCACUUCUUAGAGAUGGCAAACUAAUGUGACUCAAAUCACAACAGCAGAUUUUAUAUUUCAUUUAAUCAUUAAUCAUCAUUUAAUGAGCAUUUACAGCCACGUCUGUAUUUGUUUUUACUUGGCAAACACGUUUUCCAGUUAAACUUAAAAAGGCUAUAUUCAGGCUGACCAUAUGGAUCCUUGUUUUCUUAAAGUAUAUAUAAAACAAUCACCUGUAGAAAUAAUUUCCUAUAAUCUCCAACAUUUAUUUAAGCUUUGUUCCUACAACACUUGUCGGAGUGUGUUGUCUCACUGGUCAUUUUCGCCUCUGGCUUCACAAAACUAUCUCAUCUUAUUUCCAAAUUUUAAGGGCAAUUUCAGGGCACUGAGCCUCAAUCUCCCGUUAAUUCCUUACCCUGCAGCAUGGUGGGGAUUAAAUGAUGGAUAAUGUUGCUUCUUUAUUCACCCGAGAGAACUCACUGCCAAGGGCUGAUUGUCAUAUUUCCCACUCACAGAUAACAGCACAAAGGCAGCAAGAAUAAAUGCCUCCUCCCCCUGAUAUGAAAAAGGAAAUGUGAUAUGUUCACAAUAAAAAAAAGAGAAAAGCAAUCAUUGAAACGUUAAGAACGGUUUUGUUCCAAACUGCCAUUUUGUAGGAUAGCAGCCAUACAUAGACUCAAGACAGUUGGAAAACAAAGUAGACAACCCAUUGCACUAAGUGUACCCUGUAGUACAUGCACAAUUGUGAAGGCCUUGUUCUUUGAGACGCGUCCUUGUUUGUGAAGUCCUGAGGAACCAGGUGAGGGUUCAAGCAAGAGCACAAAGACCAAAACCUACCAAAACGACAAUGUUCAAACAUGAGUGCAUGCAGCUGUGAACGUGCAGGUGCUUUGAGCUGCGAUGACCUGCCCCCUACAUGUCACACACACACACACACACUCAUUUCUCAUUUGACCUCUGACCCAUUAGUGUGCCAUGAGUUGCCAAAUGUUUUUUGUAUGGCCUGAGUUUACACGUUACACCAUCAAUUAUCUGUAGUAGAUAUGAAUAUAUGUAAAUAAAAAAGAAAUGAAUGAAAAAAAAAACAAUCUAUAAUGUGAUGAAUAAUAUAGCUCUUCAAACCUUCUGACCCUGGGAAAUAAUAAUAAUACUAUAUUGACGUCAGUCUUUGUCGGUUCUCCGCCAUUAGCUGUGUAAAAAUAAAAUGAAAUCAAAUAUGGUUUUAUUUUCACAGCUCAUGUGAAAAGUUUUCUUUUUUCUUUUUCUUUUUUUUACUGCAAGUUCUAAAAGCUUCAGAAGCCCUGGAUGGCCAGACAGUAAAUAUUUGCCCUCCUAAAAGAGCACAUUGACAGUAUAUAAAAGCACAUUAACUGUACAAAUAUAAAAGCUACUUGCUGUGCGUGGUCCGACUUCACCCAUUGAAUCAAAAACAAGGAUGUCAAGAAAAGUGUCGUAUUUGUCCAGAUCGUCUCUCUUACAUACAUAUCUCAGCUUAUGUUACAGGGUCUUUUUAUAUAAUUAACCUUGUUGUUUUAAGCAACAGUCCAUUGUGAGUGCAAAAAGUUAACAAAGCAAUAAGUGUGUGGGUACUUUGUCUCUUAUUCUCUCCUCCUUUGUAGCUCAAGGGAAUCGGAGCACGUUAAUAUAUAUCCAAUGAAAAUGGGAGUUAUCAGCUCAAUAAUGACAGUAAUCUCCAAAACAAACAACCCAAGGUCUUGAGGCUUCUGUCAAUAAAAUUGCAUCGCCAUUAAAUCAGUGUAACAAAGAAUUUGAUCACCUUUGUCAUUGUAUUGUAACGUAGAAACCGUAGUCAACUGUUUGUAAGUAUAGAUGCUGUUUGUGAACCAUGAAUACAAAAAAAGUCAUAAAAAAUAAUGUGUAAAUGAACAAUAAUGUAUGUUGUCUUUGAGUUUGUGCAUUUUUUUGUAAAUGAGAAUGGAACAUAAGUGAAUACAUCAAUGUUAAAUACCAGUUAUGAAUCAUAGUUAGCUUCAGUGUGACGACACCACUUCUGUUUAAAGGUGUGUGAGAUUUUUUUUUUCUUAUAUUUUCUCAUUUUUUUGAUGGGGUUUACACUUUGUUGUGAAAUUGACCCAUUGGAAUCACAAUGGAUAACAAAGAACUAUGAAAAAUAAACAAGUGGAAAAAUAAUA